AUGCCGAUCGCAGUCGGGGAGGCUGGAGAGGUAUAUAUAGUUUGCGAUCAUCUUCUUCAGAACGUUGAUGGAGAUAUGUUUGCAACCCCGGUGAGGAGGGCUGCAUCGCUGGUCCGUGCUCAAUAUGGACCACACAUCAAUGGGAGAUUCGUUGAGGGUUCUGGGUCAUCAAUACCGCUUCGGCCAUCUCGUCAGCUCAAGAGGUAUUCAAUGCAGGAACAUGGUCUCGCGCCAGUUAUCGAAAGAUCAAAAGCCUUGACUCGACUAGCAAGGCUCCUCGAAGCAAAGGUAGGAGAACUGGCAGAGGUUGAGAGUCUACAAACUGGAAGGACCAUACGAGAGAUGAAGGUCCAGUUGGGGAGGUUGCCCGAAUGGAUUGAUUAUUUUGCGGCUCUUGUACGCACACAGCAAGGAUUCGUAGCACCUACGCAAGGUCCACUCUUAAAUUAUGUGACGAGGGUGCCAUUGGGUGUUGUUGCUCAGAUAACGCCAUUUAACCAUCCACUAUUGAUAGCCGUCAAGAAAAUUGCUCCUGCGCUGGCGGCUGGGAAUAGCGUCAUAGUCAAACCUUCCGAGUUGGCGCCUAUAACCGUUCUCGAAUUUGCCGAAUUAGCAGUUGAAGCUGGAAUUCCCCCAUCGGCUCUCCAAAUCCUUCCUGGCGGUCCCGAAACCGGCCAGGCGAUAGUGUCAGAUCCGAGGUUACGCAAGGUAGACGUCACGGCAGGAACGGCGGCGGGUCGUGCCAUCGGGUCUACAGUUGGGAAGAAUCUGGCGUCGUAUACUGCCGAAUUGGGAGGCAAGGCGCCGAUUGUUGUGUUUGGGGAUGCAGACUUGGAGGCAUCUGUAAACGGCGCGGCGUUUGCCUGUUUCGUCGCGACGGGUCAGACGUGUGUUAGUGGGACUCGGUUGAUCGUCGAAGAUGCGAUAUACGACGCGUUUGUGGAAAGAUUUGUAGAGAAACUAAAGAGUAUCGAGAAAAGGAUUGGAGAUCCGCUAAACCCGAAAUCGACCAUCGGACCUCUGAUCUCAGCAUCAGCCCUCUCCCGAACGGAAUCAGCCAUCUCAACCUCCCAACACACGCUCGAAUCCUGCACGGCGGAAAACGGCUCACGGGCCUUCCCAACUGGACAAUUUCCCGCUCUCCAACGGGAACUUUUUCCACCCACCCUAGUCGGGGAUAUCAAACCCACAGACACGCUCUGGACGGAAGAAGUGUUCGGCCCUGUCGUGGCCUUGGUGAAAUUCACAGGGGAAGAAGAAGGAAUUGGAUUGGCCAACGCGUGCAAGUAUGGAUUGGGCGCUGGUGUUUGGACGAAGGAUGUGGGGAGGGCUGUAAGAGUGAGUAGGGAGAUCGAGGCUGGGCUGGUUUGGGUGAAUGCGCAUCAUCGGAACGAUCCUAGUUCGCCUUGGGGUGGGAUGAAAGAAUCCGGGAUCGGGAGGGAGAAUGGAAUCGAGGCGUUUGAAAGUUAUUCGCAGAGCAAGAGUACGAUUAUAUGUACAUCCACGCCGGAAGAGAUGAGGACCAAGGAUGAUUGGUUUGCAGAUGGGGAUGGGGAACGGAGGUACGGCUAG